UAUCUGGUAAUACCUACAAUAAGGCCUUCAGUUCUGGAAAAGAAAAACCUGCCUGCCCCUUGUUCAUUUGCUUUAGAGGUUACAUGGCCGGCGCCGGUGGAGCCAAGAAUUCGACGGUCGCGAAGUCAUCUUCCUCCGCCGCUGCCAAACGUAAUAACAACAAUCUAAAACUUCAGCAACAACAAUUGCAACAAACACCCUCAACUCGCCGCCAGAACCUUCUUCAAUUGGUCGCAGCGGCAGCGUCCGCCACCGCCGCCGCUCACUCAUUCCUCGCCAACCACGACCUCGCUCUCCACCCUGCCCAAACCCUAACCCUCGAAUCCAACAUUUCCGCUGUGUCUCUCUCCAUCUCUAACCUACUUUCCCUCAUCCACCAUCCGAUCGCCUUCGCAGUCCCCCGCCCCCCUCCUCCUCCACCCUCAUGGUUUUACCGCUUUAUGUCUUCACAAAAUGAUAACGACCAGUUAUUCAUCGAAUCAUUUCGAAUGUCUAAACAAUCGUUUUCUUACUUACUCGCACUCCUAACCCCUUCCCUAUCAUCCCUCACAAUUCCUCCCAAUUACGCCGUUUCCGCUACUCUCUUCCGCCUCGCGCACGCUGCUUCCUUCAAUGCGGUUGCAAGACGCUUCGAUCUCGAUUCUCCGACCGCCUGCCGGGUUUUCUUUGUGGUAUGUAAAGCAAUUAUCGAUAAUCUAGGUCAUUUCUUCGAGUUAAGGACUGAUUUGAACAGAAUCGUACUUGGUUUUGGAUGGAUUUCACUUCCCAAUUGUUGUGGGGUUUUAGGAAUCGAUAGUUUUGCUGUUAAAGGAAACCUAUUCGGUGAAAAUGGGUCUGUAAUGGUUCAAGCAUUGGUCGAUUCAGAAGGUAGAUUCUUAGACGUUUCAGCUGGUUGGCCUAGCACAAUGAAACCCGAAAUGGUUUUAAGACAAUCAGAGCUGUUCUCCUCCAUUGAAGAAUCAAGGGAAUUAUUAAUUGGUCCAUCUUAUGAACUCAACGAUGGCACUUCAAUCCCUCAAUACAUUUUAGGUGAAUCUUGCUUCCCUCUUUUGCCAUGGCUGAUCACCCCUUUUCGAAAAUCUGAUACUGAUGAUCAUGAAGAUGAAGACGAUGUUAAUGAUGGUUGUUUGAAUCUGAGUUCUUCAAAACAAGCUUUUAAUUCUGUACAUAAUCGAGGGAUGGAGUUGCUUGAUACUGCAUUUGGGAGACUUAGAUCAAGGUGGAGGAUUUUGUCAAAAGAAUGGAUGGAGGAAUCAAUUGAAUCUUUCCCUUAUGUUGUGGUUGCAUGUUGUUUGCUUCAUAAUUUUCUUAUAAAGUCUAAUGAGGAGUUUCCUGAUGAAGAUUCAGAUUAUAUGAGGAAUCAUGAUCUUCCAGAUUAUGAAGGAGAAGGGGAUGAGACUGGAGAGAGGAUUAGAAGUGCCAUUGCUUCAGAUUUAAGUCGGUGGGAAGAUUGUUGAUUUCUAAUAGAGCAGGAGAAGAAGCAAGAAUUCACAGAAAACGGCGUUGCUGGCUACCUGGAAUUAUCAGAAAUGAGACUUUGAAUCGUUGUGAAAGGUUCUGAAUUUUUGUAGAUACCUUCAAGGUUUUUCUUUUUUUUUUAUUUUUAUUUUUCUUUUUUGCAAAUUUGGUAAGAAAAAAUGCUUGUCAAGUUUGUCUUUUCAGGAAAAGAAUGCUUCCUAGAAAUCAUAUAUGGAAUUGAAAUCGAAAAUAUCGUGUCUUUUUUGUUGUCAUGCUUUAAGUACUCGUUUUGGUCUUGUUUGUAAGGACAUGACAGAACAUAGUGGCAUUAUACCGUGUUGGCGUACUGAUA